CUUCGUUGUUAAUCGGUGCGAAUACUUGUUUAGUCAAUGUUCUAUAUUUAGAUGUUUAUAUUUAGAUGUGACUCAGUAUGAUAUGUCAGUAAAUAAAUAAUGACACUGUUUUUCAGCUUUCAAACAACUAUAGAACGGAUUUAAAGAGGUUGUCUAAUAAUAAAAACAAUAAUACGGAAAAUGGCACUGUGUUCAUUAAAGUCCUGUAAAGGGUCAGUGACAGCAGAUACUGGCAAGGUAGAGGUUCGAGCCUUUCAGGUCACAGCGGCAGAGAGGAAGACCCUGCAGGCAGAGUGGGAUGAAAGUGGUGAUGCCAUAUUUCAUCGGCACUGUUGGUCAGAUUUGGUAGAUGCUGCCAAGAAAACAUCAGCUGGCAAGAAUAACCUAAGUGAACUUGAAGUGAAACUUGUGAAGGAAGCAAAGAAGACGGCAGAAUUUCACGAUUCAGACACUUUCAUUAAGGAUGAGGCGAAGCGGAUUGCUAAGAUGUUGCAACAAGCAAAAUAUCCAAUCUUCUUUACAGGUGCAGGUAUUUCUACAGCUGCAGGCAUAAGUGAUUUCCGAGGUAAAGACGGAAAAUGGACAGUAAGAGAUAAAGCUAAAGAACAUGGUGCGAAGGCGUCAAAAGGUCGCCGACAAUACAGCAUAAUGGAGUUACGGCCCACAUAUACCCAUGAGGCUAUUGUUAAACUUUUAGAGAUGGGAAUGUUUAAAUAUGUCAUCAGCCAAAACACUGAUGGCUUGCACCGAUUGUCUGGCAUUCCACCUGAACAAAUCUCAGAACUCCAUGGAAAUGGUUUUAUUCAAAAAUGUGAAAAGUGUAAGACACGAUACGAUGUAAAUAGAAGUCACAGAGCCAUGACAAUGGGCGAGAUAAUGAAAGUUCCUCCAAUGAAAUGCGAACGUUGCCAUAUAAGCCACAGGACGGGGAGGGUAUGUCCGAACAAGGCUUGUGGUGGGUAUCUCAUGAACACCAUUAUCAAUUUUGGAGAUUACUUGGAGAGUCCUAUAUUGGACAGCGCGGAAGAGAACGCAAAGAAUGCUGAUAUUGUGUUCUGUCUAGGCUCCACCUUAAUGGUGUCCCCCGCCAACAGCCUGGUGGAGAUGGGCAAGAAACCAAUACGGCUUGUGAUAUGUAACAGACAAGGAACGCCAUAUGACGACUAUUGUAAUAAAGUCGAUGAAAAUGGUCGUCCUGUUGGAAGCCGAAUACACGGUGAUUGCGAUAAAUUGAUGAAGGCAGUGAUGUUUGAAAUUCUUGGAGAGGAAGAACUGAAGAAAUGGGAAGCUGGUAGAGAUCGCAGGAUGACAGAAUAUGAUAAAAAGAGAGAAGAAUAGCAAUCUAUUGAUAAACAUUUUGUCUUUUUUGCACAUUUAGGGUCACAUGCGUCUAAAAAUUAUUUUCCAGAAUGCUUUUUUUCAAAAUUCAUUGCGGUGAAUCAUGAUAUUUUGAGCACUUCUACAAUAUUGAAGAAGAUUUAUUGUUAUCAUAAUUAUAUUAUUUAUAUUUAUCUAUUUUAUCUUUCAACACAUUAUCAAAACCAUUCUAAUGCAAAUUACAAUUAACUGCUUAUGUCUUUCAUGUUGCAACUUUUUAACAUAUAAGUUACACAAUCAAACGCAAUAUUGUGCAAUGAUGAUACUAAAGUAUAUGUUAUAUGACAUAAAUGCUCGGAUUCAGGGGUCUCCUCCGUGGCCCAGUGGUUACGGUCACUGACUUCGAAUCACUUGCCCCACAUCGGUGUGGGUUUGAAACCUCUCGUGCGAUGUAGAAUUCUUCAAGUGAGGAAGUCAUUCAGCUGGUUGAUAUUCCUACCAAGGUGCCCACACAAGCCUGAAGUCCGGAAGUGUCUUCCUUCACCAACAAAAACUGGAAAUAGCACUGUAAGGACUAAAUUUUGUCGAUGUGACACUAAACACAACUAGAUAAAAACAAAUAUGCUCGUAGUUCUAACGUAAAUGUAAAACAUAGGCGUGUAAGUUUAAAUAAAUCUUUAUGAGUAAUUGCUUCAGAUAUUUUCCUAAAAGGAAUGAAAUAUUCGAUCUGUUGCUUACAUUCUACAGCUGAAUAUAUUUAAUGCUUUCAUCAUAACGAGCGUUUCAAGUGUGAUCAAAUUAUUUGCCAUACACCUGGAGCAUGUAGAAAAGGAAAUGAUAGAACAUUUUAGAUAUUAUUGCAUGGUGUCUGCAUGUUGUAUCCAAACUUAUUAUGUUUAAUUAAGUUUUUAUAAACAGAUAAAUGCAGACUAUGGUACAUAUUUCUUGAUUAGACUCAAUUGAUUUAUUUGAUUUGUAAGACAAGUAAUUGAGUAAUUGUCUGCAAACUAUUCCUCGACUGCAUAAAUAGAGAUUGCUAUUUGAAAUAUAGAAAUACUUGAUAUUGAUAUCUUUAUCAACUCUAUUACAAACAAUUGUAGUAAUUUGAAAACAACAACUCGCCGAAGUUUUUGCUGCUUAUUUCGAAGAAUAUGGGAUUCGGAACAAGUUAGUUUCCUUUUGUGUCUUUUAAUUGCGGAAGAUAACAUUUCAGGCUUGACAUUGAUAUCUUUAUCAACUCUGUCAUACCUAAAAUAAUUCGAAAACCACCAACUCGCUCAAGUUUUUGCUUCUUAUUUCGAAGGAUAACAAUUUCGGAACAACAGAUAUUCCGCUGCAUCUGUUGAUUGCGGAAAAUAACAUUUGAAAAUCUAUUUGUAGCAUUACAAAUAUUGAGUUGUAAUGAUUGGUCUAACAAAUUUGCACAGAUAACUCUUACACUCCUGCAUGUACGGCACAAGUGGAAAUGUUUUAUCUAUCGUUCCUUACCUGCAUAUGAUAGAAAUGUUUCUACGAUGGUUUUUUUUACAUAUUUUAUUUCUAGGCUUGUCCAGUCUUCCGCUUACUGCGAAACUAACUGAUUGUUUUGAAAAUCGAUCUCGUUGUACUUUGGAAAAAGGAUAAAAUCGUAUGCAAGGAACUCUUCAUGAUCAUGUGACUAUAUGUUUCAUUCGAAUAAUAAUCGUAACAAUAAAAAUGUUAAGAACUUUAUUUAAACGGGUUAAAAACACAUGUUUGAGUUUCAGUAUGUCUAAUUUAUGACUUAAUACAUUAUCUAAACGAACCCAGCAGUUCGGGAUUCCAAGGCCGAGUGGUUAAUGUCACUUCGAAUCACUUGCUCCUCAACAAUGUUUGUUGGAGCCUUACUCGGCGUGUUAAAUUCUUCAUCAGAGGAAGCCAUCCAACUGGCUUACGAAGGUCAGUGAUUCUACCUGGGUGCCCGCCCGUGAUGAAAUCGUGAUGAAAUAAUGUACGGAUUGGCACCUGGUGUCUUCCUCUAUCGUCAAAGCUGGAAGGUCACCGUAUGACCUAAAAUUGUGUCGACGCGACGUUAAAUCUAACGAAAUAUUGUAACGACUCGAACAAUGGGGACUUACCAUUUUCAUGUUUUAUAAAUGUCAUUGAUCUUGGCUGUGCUUUGAACUGCUUUAGAGACAUUUCCUUGCAAGCUGACAGUAACGAAACACAGAAUUGUACACAUAUGUGUUGAUCUACAUAAUAUGACAGACCAAACUCAUAUUAUACACCUCCGUGUUCGUUUUAAUCUUAUCCGAACUCUGUUUACAUUUACCGAGAGACAUCCGUUUCGGCUGGUGCACAUUUAAUCCAGAUUUUGUAACAUUUUCCUACAUGUGAAUCAUUAUAGACUUUGCACAAUUAAUCUACAGUACUUAAUUGUUUGUUAAAGAUAAGUGUCAUCCUUUUGUACAGUCUGAAUUUUGCAUAAAUCACAAUAUUUUCAUGAUAACUCUCUGAAUUUGUCACAUUUCCUGACAGGAUAUGCAUCCUUAUUCGCAUUGCAUUGUUGGACUAUUUACCGUUACUAAGCAACACAAAUUAUCGUUGUCAUCUACAAAGAUGUUUAAAUCACUUGAACAUGUUAGAGUUAACCCAGUGGUGCAUAUUUUGAUGUUAUUUUCAUGUAAACAUUUCAUAAAAUCGCCAUUUUUAUGAUACGGCAGUAUUCAGCAUAGAAUUUAACGUUUUAGGUCACUGUGACCGUUCGGUCACUGUGACCCGUCGGUCACUAACCAUUUGGUCAAUUUACCCAAAGUAACCCAUUUUUACUGUUUUGGUAACCUUUAUUGAGUCACUUUCUCUGGAAAACUAUAAAAGGGCCCGAUUUUGGCCAUCUGCAAUCACUUCAGCUCAAGCUUUCAGACCUAAAACCACGUUUGGCUUGUUUCAAUAGAUUUUCAUUAAAAUGAACACUAUGCUGAACAUAGAUGUAAGAAAGUUGCUCUGCAAUCCGAAUUUAUAUUAAUUAAAAGCCAUAGGUCUAUAAAAGCCCCUUUUGAUACAACAUUUUUAGAAACAUUUCUACAAGUUUUAUUUGCACAGAUGUAUUUACAUACAUGUAUAUUCAUUCCUUAUUUAAAGUAAAGACAAUUAAUGGAUUUGUCUUAAGUACUGAGAAUAUAAGUGACUAUAUUUUAUAGAAGGAAUUUCUGUUGCUGAACAGUGUCUUUGUAUCCGCGUCAAUAUUUACAAGUUAUGGAACGCCAGAUCAGUCAUAAAUAGAUUAAUCUAAAAAGAGAUGUAUAUUAAAUCUUGCAUUUUGUACCUGUAAAAGUGCUCAGUAUUGAUUUGUAAAACAUUUUUAAAGUUCAUUGAAACUCGCUUCGCUACCUGUAAACUAUGGAAAGCCGGAACAGUCUUAAUCUCAUUUGACAAGUUUGCACUUAUACUGGCAGAAUUUAACCAUCAAUAUAUGAAUACAUUUAUUAUCAAGAAGAAUUUGUGACUACAUUUGUUAUCAGUUAGAUGUGCUUGUUUAAUGUGUUGACUUCACCUGUAUUUCCUGGAGUAUGAUAUAUCAACAUUAAUAAAUUUCAUUAACUGUUAACCUGAGUCUUAUUAGUCUCUCUGGUUUAGUUAGUUUUACGGUACUCUGAGUCAACCUGGCUAUACCCUAAUUGCCUUUCCGACUACUUGAGUGAAGUUUACCCAAAGUUCUACAGUACGCCUAGUCUACCCAUCUCCGCAACACCCCUGAGUCGUAACAAUAUUUUGAAAAAAAAACAUUUUUGGCGCCAAAAAUGUAAGUAGCAUAAAGCGGUAUUUUUUAUUAUGCGUAAUUGCACUAAGAAACUCAUAGCAGACACUUACGUCAAACACAAGCUAUAUAACCUGGGCCUCAUUUGUAAGCUGAUUUUACAUUGUGUUCGUUUGAUUCAACAUAUUGCAACAUCAUGCAUGAACCUUCAUUUUGUUUUAGAUCUGACCAUUUUCACAAUCGUCACAUGUCUUUUUGUUUUUGUGCCUUACCUAAACUGUCAUGUUUGAAAGCACAUCAUGUCAUUUGAUCAUUGUUUUCGUAUGUAUUAGAGACAUUGUGAAUAUUCAUAUUGCUGUGUACGUUGAAACUUAAGCAAUUUAUUCUACACUGUUUUAAUGCUUAUUCUUGCAUAAAAACUACUUUUUCACUGGAUCCGCCCAUGCAUUAACGGGAGAAAAAUCAUGUGCAAACAAGGCAAUUCACGUGCUGUUAAUACAUGAUUUUUAUUUUUGAAAUGCUUUACCAGGGACGUAUGUAUGUAUUUCUGCGCAAACUGAUAUUUGGCAUUUGCAUCUUGUUUCUUUCAUAAUAACAUCAUCUUGUAGCAUUAUAGAUACAAUGUGAUCCAUAGUAUGUUUAGCUGUAUCAGUUUACAACCCCAAACGUACUGCCCCCAUCAAUGUACGCUCUAGCUUCUCUUAGAGUUUACUCCCUUUACAAAGCGUCUGUUCAGUUAUUGUAAAUAACUGUUAAUAAAUAAGUAUCGCGUGUAACUUGUGCUGUUGCCCGUUUUUAGGUAUUAUAUUAAUGAUUUUUGUUACUAUCAGUCGGUUUGUUUUUACCUGAUUUUUCGCAGAAUUCAUAUAAUAAACCUCAAAAGCUAGUCACUAGCUUCGUACUCAUCCGUACUCUGUGUUCGUACUCAAAAUAAUUCGAAUGUAAAAUUGUACGUUAUUCUUAAAAUUAUGUUCCUGUUAAUCAAAUUUUUAAGUUAUAUGCAAAAUUAUGUUUAAUGUAACGUUUGUAAUAACUAAAAAUAAAAAUAAGAUGCUCAAAAACCUUCAAAUCACGCUUUUGGUAGCGUUGUUGUUAUGUGUGCCCUGGUUAUGGAUAUUUAAAACAUGUUUACCGUUUCCAAGAACAGGUUAGAGACCACCAAUUGUUUUCCCAUAGACUUACAUUGUAACAUUAUGGCGUGCACGGCCUUCCAUACAUCGAAACAUGUAUAUCUAAUUACAAGUUUUUCAAGAACUAUCUUAGUUCUACCAAAAUAUCGGACGAAAAACAUAUGAAUAGUGAUACUUUAUUUAAGUAAUUUUCGUGUGAAUGAGAUGACCCCCUGUUUACAUCAUUGACAUGGCGGGAGAAAUUCGUUUGAUAAAACUUUUUUUCAAUACACAUAAAAUGUAGCAAAUUUUGUCAAAAUGUAUAAUAAAAUACUGUAAAUGCAGUGAAAAAAUAUCAAUUUUGAAAAAAUAAUCACUUCCUGGGUUUGUUUACAUGACUGACCAAUCAGAACGCACAGACGUUACCUUAUUCCCAGGUAUACACUUACCUCAUUCCCAGUAUGUUCCCUGUACUUUUUUGAAUUGGUGGUCUCUGACCAACAACCGAAUGGUAACUAAAAAUGUACCGGAAUCGUAAAGUCAUCACAUAUGAAAACAAUGCAUUUAGUCGUCGUGUAAUGUUUUUUUAUGCAAGAAUAGCGACAAUACAUGUUUGUUUUGUGUAUUAACGCCUGCAGAAGCCCUUGGGAUAUGUUUGUGACCUCGACCUUCGGUCUCGGUCACAAACAAUCCCGCGGGCUUCUGCAGACGUUAAUACACAAAAAACGUGUAUUAUCCCUACAAUGCGUUACGUUAUAGAAAUAAAAUUAUAAUUACAAGGUCUUCAUGCUGUUCUUGUGGUUGAAUUUCUUAUCUUGUAUGAAGAGAGUCAGGACCUUUUAAUUAAGUGAUGUACCUGUCUGAAAGUACUAGAUGGUAUUUGGUAUACCCACACUUGGCAUACCCACACCGUGAAAUUGCUAAAUGUUUUAUUGAACGCUGAAAUAUGGCCAUUACUGAUUUUGAGAUCGUUGUUCAAAAGUCAAGGUUUAAGUGACAUUAAUACUGAAAAUGGUUUCCGCUUAAUAACUAAAAAUGCCUUGGAUAUUAGUUGGGAUGAUAGCCCGAGGUCAGUGCAUAACCCUAUGAUUUUCGGGGUCAGAAUGUCAAAGGUCAAGCUCACAAUGACCUUGAGACUGAAAACGGUUUCUACUCAAUAAGUAAAAACGCUUUGACAUAUAAAUCUUCAAACUUCGUACCUUGAUUGAUUGUGGACAGUGAAUGAUCCCUAUUGUUUUGGAGAUCAGUACGUCAAAUGUCGCAAUGACCUUGAGAGUGAAAACAAUUCCAACUCAAUAACUAAAGAACACCCUGGCCUGCAGUUGCCUAACUUCCAACAAUGAUUGCUUGUUGUCCGCAGAUCAUCACUAUUUGUUCUGGGCCAGUAGGUUAAAAGCCAUUGAAGUAAUGACCUUGAGACUAAUGUGGUUCUCGCUAAGUAACUUAAGUACCCCUUGGUCCAUGAUCUGCAAAUUCACAGGACAAUAACUUUUGAUUAGAAAAUAAUCCCUAUUGUUUAAAAUUUGGUGUCAGUAUGUCAAAAGCCAAGGUCAUCAUGACCUUGAAACUAAAAUUGGUUUCUACUAAAACAAUGCGAACGCUUUGAUCUUUACACGAUGAUUGUUUGUAAUCAAUAGAUAACUCAAAUUGUUAAAAGGGUCCGUUGGUCACAAUAACUUUGAGUCUGAAAACAGUUUCUGCUUAAAAAACUAAAUAACGCCCUUGGCCUACAGUCGUUAAACUUGACAGGAUGAUUGCAUGUGGUCAGCAAAUUACACCUGUUGUAAUAUAUCACAAUGACUAUGACACAGAAAAUGUUUCUCGCUCAGUAACUAAAGUACACUUCGGCUCGCAGUCUUCAAACUUCUUUGACCAUCAGUCUUCAAACUUCACAUGAUGAUUGCUUAUGAUCAACAGAUACCCUAUUGUGUUUGGAAUCAGAAGGUCAAAGGUUAAGUUCGCAAUGACAUUCAAAAUGUUUUUCGCUCAAUUACUAAUGUACACCCUGGCCCACCAUCUGACAGCCUUCUGUCAGUAGAUUACUCUUUGGUUUUCAGUGUGUCGAAUGUUAAGAUCAAUUACAUUUAGACUGAAAAUGGUUUCUACUCAAUAACUUAAAAUGCUUUCACCUCCAUAAGAUGAUUACUUGUGGUCAGUUAGUGACCCCUGUUUUUUUCAGUAGGUCAAAGGUCCAAAUCACAAUAACAUUGAGAAUGAAAACGGUGUCCGCUAAAAAACUAUAGAACGCUCUAGCAUACGGUCGUUAACUUCACAAGAUGAUAAAUUGUGGAUAUAAGAUGAUCCAUCAUGUCAUGAUGGUCAGUAAGUCAAAGGUCAAGGUCACAAUGACUUUGAGACUGAAAAUGGUUUCUGCUAAAUGGCUAACAGCGCGUUGACCUAUUGUUUUCAAACUUUAUACGAUGAUUGUGGUCAGCAGAUAACCUUUAUUCUUUUUGGGAUAAGUAAGCCAAAGGCCAAUACAACAAUGACCUUGACAAAAAAUGGUUUCAUAUUAUUCCUUUGGCAAAAUAUGUUUACUUAAUACAUAUUAUAUUGCCAAAUAUUCAAAAAUUUACAAAUCUUAUGUCGGAAAAAUCCAGAAUAAUAAUAAGAAAUUUAGCCAAAUUUAUCUAUUUCGCCAAUUUAUUAAGAAUGUAAAUGUCAUUGAUAACAUUUUGCUCUUGUAAAAUGCCUUUUGCCUACUUUGUAACAUUGUAAUUUUGUAUUUGCUAUAAGCAUUGUACAAUGUUUUACGCAAUAAAUUGUAUUGUUGUU